GGUCCUGCUCGCAGUCCUCCCGCGACUUUCGUGCUGUGAGCCUCGUCUACACUGAAAACGUAUCGUGACGCUCUGUUUCGCAGAAUUGCUUCCGAAGGACGUUUCUAAUUUAGAUCAGAGCUCUAGAGGAGGAUCGAAUCUUCUAUAAAAAAAUGAGGACUUCAGUUUUGUGCCGAACGGAACAUGUAUUGUGGAUGAAAAGUGGACAAAGAGUGAGGGUGGGAUCUGAAGUGCAUACACGUGGUGUUGACACGAAUAAGAAUUAAAUAAAAAGAUCAGAUUCAUUGAUAAUGUAAUUAUUUAAAGAAACAUCUGUUUGGAAAUGUGUAAUUCUGUUUAUAAAAUUUUCUUAUGAAAUGCUUCUUUUAAUUGUAUUAUUGCAAUUUGAGAAUUGCAUGGAACUUACACGAUAAAUUAAACAAUCUUAUAAGCCAAAUAUAUUUCUCUGAAUUUGAUUAUCGAUCGGUUUACAACUUUGAAAAUGAACUAUUUACAAAACCGAGACGAUAAGUAGAGAGAAAUUAAAGGAUGAGAGUGUCAUGAGUAUUCAUCGAUUCUGGAACUUCUCAAUAAAAUGAAAACACACUUAGUGUCUCCAGUCAGUUUGUGGAACAAAACGGAAACAAUAAAUGAGCCGACGAAGUUCUGCGACUGAUUACCAGGAAUCUCUGCAAAGCUCCUCUACUCCAAUGGACUAAAACUCCCGACAAGUUGUAUCGCGAUUUUACGCGUGAAUUCAUUUGGCCGUCGCGGCGUUCACUCAGAGGAAUUUCUAUGCAAAUGAUUCCGCUCGCUGGGGAGGCAGAAUCACAUUUCAUCGGAGGCCAACGACUGAUACUACGCGUGGAACUGCCAAGGCGAAUUUGCGAACAGGGUGAAUGGCUCGGGUGAUUCUCGAAACAGGAGAGGAAAAGUUUCGAGGGAUGGACCUUUAUGGGAGGAAUCAACGUUCCGAUCGAAGAAUCCUUGUCAACGUGGUUCGGAUGGAAGCGUUCUUAAAUAUGGUGUAAACAGAUUUAUUAUUCACGAAACCAACGAUGGUGGACGAAAUGUCGAUAUUCCUAGUGGUGGUUCUCGCGGUCGGCGGUUUAAUGAUGAUGAGCGUAUUGCUGACCUGCUACGCGUGCAUCUUCCGGGAUCUGUGCUGCAGGCCGGAAGACAGAUCGAAAAGAAGACGUCCUCAAAGCCCUAAUCGGGAACCUGACGACCCCCACAGGCCGAGACUGGACGCGAUACUCCUGAACGAUAUUACGCAAGGGGAAAGCAUGCCUACGGAAUCUGAGAAAGUUUAAGAAGGGAAUAAGAAUUUUUAUGGAUGAGGGACACGUCUUUCAUUCUCUAUGGUUGUAAAUAAGACGAAAUAAUCUGUUUUUUUU